AAAGUCUGCAGUGCAUCUUGGGAAAUAAACUAACAUGGGUACGUGAAACCAUGCAGGACUUACACGGCUCUCCAUGACGGGAGAUAAACAACAACUAACAGAAUCACUCAGAAGGCAAAAGGUACUCUUUUAUCCAGGAUAUAGCACAGCUUCACGGCGGCUUUGCUGAUUCUUCAGCGCUCUGACGGGACUGCCUGCCCUGAUCGGUCGGUCGGUCGGUCGGUCUGUGGGUCGGACCCGGGCUGCUACGAUGUGUGUCCGCUGCUCCACGAAGCUCCGUCGGGGAAGUGAAUCUUUCACCGGAUGAUGGACAGGAACUACCCGACCUCCAGCUUUGCGGACGCGCUGGCUCCACCAGCACAGACCGUAGCUUCUUGGGCCUAUGACCGCAGCACAGCUAGUGUCAAGCCAAGUUCCAGUUAUGGUGCAGCACACCUUGAUGCAGACCUCCUCCAGCGGCAAAGCUACACAUCCACCCACCAGCUUCCCACUUACACUACAUCACACCUUCCUGCUGCAGCAGCACUUGACUCAAGCAGUAAUACUUCUGAUACCUCAAUCAUGAGCUUCCUUUCAGCAAUGGAGUCUAGGAGCCUUCAGGCUGGUCCUGUCAGUGCCUCACUGCUUCCUCCUUUCAGACCCCCAUCGUGGUCUGCUGGUACCAACUCCUCCACUACAGAGUUGUAUUUGACUGGUGCCCUGCCUUCUACUGCCACUUUCCCCUCUCCUGCUGCUCUGUCAUCCUAUCAGCACGUUGUUGCCUACCCUUCCAGGAGUUAUGCUACCAACCCUUCCUUGGCUCUCCAGGAUCCUGCCUUCAGCACUUCCACCAAUGGCCUCUUCUCUCACCAUGACUCCCUCCUCCAUAUCAAAUCAAGCCAGAGUGUGCUUCCCACUGCAUUGGCCUUCAACCAUCUCUCUGCACCCACUUUGGGUUCGGCUCUGCCUGUCCAGUCCUCUACCUACCGUUCAGCCCAGGAGUCAGCUCCUCACCUCCUACAACCACAGUUCAGUCUGCUGCCCUCUGCCCUGCCUGCUCCUCCUGGUGCCCCCCAGCCCUAUGGGGCCACCGUUUUCUCAGGCUCUAUUGAAAGAGCUCUUCAGCGUGAAUGUAGUGUGAUCAAACACCACCAGCGGCCUUCCAGCAGCCACACAGCCUCUGAGCAAUUGCCCAGUUCAGAGCACUCCUUACAGGGGUACUUUGGCUCUAGCAGCGAGGUGGAUGUGUCCUACGAGCAGGAUCUGCCCCGUCAGACCCCAGUGUCUUGUAGCCCUCCUACAGGAGCAGAUUCCUCUCAAGGGGUCAGUCAUGCUCCACAACCCAAAACAGACUCGGUAACUCAAGCUUAUUCGUCCAUUUCUUUGCCGAAGCCUAAAGACUGCUCUUCCAAACUAGCUCCACACCCUGCUGGGGGUGAAGAGAGUCAUGAGCACUCUCAGAACCAUACAAAAGCCUCUCCUGAACAUUAUUCCUCCCCAGGGCAGAAGCAGAAUUCAGUGAUUGCUAAUCAGCAGGCAAUCCAGCUAUCUAGCCUAAUGUCCAGCAGUCUGUCUCAAACAUACAUGACCCCGCACACUCAGUCACAGCCCUCCCAUUCCACCUCAGAUAAACUCUCCCCCCUUUACAAGACUCUGCCUUCCAUCUCAAGUCAGUCUGACAAUGUGGCAUCUGUUAGUCAGACUCUUGUUUACUCCUCUAGUCCUGGGCUCAGCCAGGAGCAGGAGAUCCACUACGGAGGCCAGAUCCAGGGCUUGUGUCAGGGGAAUCUCUCUGAGACCUACCCCACAUCCCACUCUCAGGGUGCCCCAAAUGUGACUUUUACAUCUCAGUCACAGGGUCAAGUCUCAGUGACACUGUCUCAGAAUUAUACCACAGGACAAUCUAUUAACCAGUCCCUUAACACCUCUUACCCACCCACAUGUGUGCGGAGUCUGCCCACAUCAAAUUCUGCACAGGACUACACCCUGAUGGAGGCCUCAUUGGGAGGUAAAACACACGACACAUUGUCCCACGGACAGACACACCCCCAAAAAUAUGUUUUGUCUGCGCCGUUGCCUACCUACUCUUCAACUGCUCAAGCCUUACAAAAUAACGCCAGAUCCUCAAUAAAACCAACAUAUGGCAAACAUAAACUUGAAGAGAUUCCCAUUCAGGACAUGGAUUCUCUUCAGCAGCUAUCUAUGGAGGCUUCUGUUGCAGCUAACAACAUGUCUGCUCACAACAAUGUCAUUUAUGUUGUUUCAAAAAUGGAUGAUCCUCAUAAAACACAAAGCGUUAUCCGAAGCAAUUCACGUUCUGAUGACCAGCUCAUGGGACUGAGUCAUACAAACGCAGCAGAGGAAAAAGGAGAAAGGUUGGGUUCUGUGAGCCAGCAGCUCAUUCAUCUAAGCAGUACCAAUGGUCAGGAAACUGCCAACACGAAAACUACAAAUUCCAGCAUUAUAUCUUCGCAUGUACCCCUUAGCUCAGAGCAGCUCAAGCAGCACUCUCUUCAUCUUAAAUCUCCUGAACCACAGCAACAAAAUCACCAGAAUCACAGUCUUUCCCAGAGCCAGGCCCCAUCAGCCCACACCCAGUUCGUCACUGUCCCCAGCACUCAGGUUCUCGUCGAUCAAAGCCAGAUGAUUCUGCUGCAGCAGCCCCUUGUCCACCAUGGUCAAAACUCUUCAAAGGUAGUAUCAGUGCAAGGUAUCCAGCCGGUUCAAGAUCUGGCCCCUGCUCAUGUGCAGUAUCUUCACAUGGAUCGGGAAUUGCUGGGUCCCAGUGUCACCGAAACCCAGAAUCAGCAGGGCACAGUAGUGUCCGAACAGAGCUCAGGGUGCUCUGAUUCCUCUAAACAUGACUACAGCCAGUCAGCAAAUCAGCAACCAAGUGAUGCCAAAAACCACUUCUCUCUAAACUCCAUUUGCUUCCCCGACUCCAUGCUACUUGCUGAUGACCGAAAUAUUUUGUCAAAUGUUGAUGACAUCCUGGCUGCCACGGUAGCAGCUUGUGGUGUUACGCCACAAGACUUUGUCAAAGCUACAUCCUCUGCUGAGGCUGAAAUGGCAGUGAUGGCAAGCCCAGUUGAUUCCAAGGGUCACUUCCAGACUGUGGAUAUAAGGCACAUGUCACCUAGUUUCUCUUCAGCACAACAUCCAAUCAUCACCAACACUAACUCUCACACCAUGACCAUGACACUAAAUGGAUCUCAGAUGGCCACGGACUGUCAGGGUCAGUCUGUUCACCACAACAGCAGUUCUGAGCUGGACACAAAUGGCAAUGGAGGGAGCUCUGAGAAUGACUAUCACUUAACGGAGCAGGUGUAUGACCCCUCAGGUCUCCACAACAGGAUCAAAGGGAACGCAAAGUGUAUUAAAACAGAGGAUGGCCUCAUGGAAUGUCCAAGCGGUGAGGACUUUCCCAAAAAGAAGGCUCGCUCCAAGUCCUUCACCAAAGCAGGUGGGCCAGAGGAGGAUAGUGGACAGGCCAGACCAGUCAAGCGCAGUGGGCAGGCAAAGCGACAAAACUCCAGGGGUAGUGACAUCGGCUCGCCAUCCUCCUCACAGAGUGUAUAUGACGGUUGUCCGCAGCAGGAGAGAAUCAGGCAGAAGAUCCGUGAAGUGGAAGAGAAACAGCCAGAGGUCAAAACGGGCUUCAUUGGCUCCUUCCUCGACUUUAUCAAAUCUGGCCCCAAACAGCAAUACUCUCCAAGUCCUGCACGAACAUUUAGUCGCCCGAGAAAGCCCUGCACCUCAUCCAAGCCACUGCCAUGUACUUUGCCUGCUUUGCCUCCCAAAGUGCAGACUCUGAGCGGGCCCUUGAUUCCCCAGGAGAGUCAAGGUGUGAGCUCUCAACAGAAACGUCUGGAUGAAGACUUGCAAAAGAACUUAGAGACGCUGCCGUCAUUCAGCUCAGAUGAAGAGGAGAACACUGGGAAGAACCUGGCCCUGAGGAACAGCAUCAGCUCAGCGCUUUCAGCUCUGGAUGAGUCUUCAGAUCGGAAAACCAGGACAGAUAAUCAGGUACCUGGUUCCAUGAUGAAGCCAGGCCAAGUUCCUACUGUGUCACACACUGUCACCAAAGCCUGCAUGUCGCCGGUCAUCACUCCAACACAGACAACACCUUCAAAUGUCAUCUCGGGUGGGCCUGCAUUUGCAGCCAAAGAGGAGUCCAAAGAGACUCCGUCGGACCUGUUGGCUGUACAGUUAAUGAGUGUGGCCAUUGAGGGACUGACAGACGAGGAGCUGUCAGACAGCGGUGGGGAGGGGAUGUACCGGGAGAGAGACGAGUUUGUCGUCAGGAAUGAGGAUAUCGAAAUCUUGAAGGUGACAAUGCAAGCAGGCAGUGAACCUCCAGCCAUCUGGAAAGUCCAGAAGGCUCUCCUGCAGAAAUUUGUGCCAGAGUUGAGAGAUGGAAAGAGAGUCUUCUCAGCCACUAACAGUUAUCUUGGAUAUUUUGGAGAUGCCAAGGCCAUGUAUCAGAGGGUAUAUGUGAAAUUCUUGGACACCGUUAACAAAAGGGAGUAUGUACGAGUUUGUAGUCGGAAGCCACGCUGCAAGCCUAUGAACUCUCUGAGGGGAGCUCAGGUGAAAACUUUGCUGGGCUUGACAGCUGCCCCUUCCUCAGUCUCCCAAAGCCAAAAGCCACGGCCCAAACAACCCAAGCCCAGGGCAGAGCCCCCGCCUAAGAAAAGGAGGAAAUGGAAGGAGGAGUUCCCUGCCUCUGGAUCAUCUGCAGAAGAAGGCGGUGAAGAUGAUGAAUUAAACCCUCCAGUGCCGUUCACUUCACGACUCCUCAACACACGAACCAUGAAGGAAACCUUCAAGAGCUUUGUGGAACUGCUCAUCAGUAUUGCCUUAGACGAAGACGUGAUGACAGCACUUGAGAGGGCGAACGAUGAGUUACUGCUGCCACAUAUGAAAAGAGUGGAUGGGAUGAUCACUGACAACAGGAAACGUCUGCUUCACAAACUACACAUAGGGCAGGUGCUAAAGACGGCUCUAGACAAUUUUCCUGAGAUUUCAGUGGUGACUGAACUGAAGAAGGACGGGGAAACCCCGGCCUUUAAGGUACGUCUCAGUGGGUUGGCCUACAACAAGAAAACCAUGAAGCCCUACAAGAUGCCUAAUAAAGUGCCACAGGAGUACACAGUGGACCAGCAGAGAACCCAGUGGUUCUCUCUGUACCACUCUUUGCAGCACUACAAGUAUCAUACGUACCUCAUGUGUAAGGACGAGAUCGCGUCCCUGCGGGUGCAGGCAGGGGACCUGGGACAGGAGGAGACAGUACAGAAGUGUCUGCAGAACGGUGCUUGGGUAGAGGGGCUCUUUGAUCGGUUUGGAGAUCUAAUCAAUCAAGUGCAGCAGGUCUGCCGAUGAUCCAGCCUUCACUUUGGUUUAAUAGAAAAGCCCAAAGCCUAAGUCCCUCGCUUAAAAAUAAGGGGAUGCCUCCAGCUCAGAACGGCAGCAGUCAAGGAUGGAGUGAGUCUCUCCUUCCAGCCACAGAGAGAUUUGAAUCAGGGACCUGUCAGCCAGCUUGCCUGAAAGACGUUCAGAGAGGCCUGUGGCCUAAAAGCGGCAGCAGGUGAAGAGCGGAACAAUAGUAAUGUCUGUAGUCUGCAUCACUGCAUCCCAACAGAAAGCAGUAACUAACAAUUAACAGAGGACAAGGACUUCUUUUUGGAAGCAUUUUGGCAGACUUUGACCCGAUGCUACUCCCAGUUUUUGUAGGUUUUUGUAGUUACAAGCUCACUUUUUAUGGGCCUUUUCAUAGAUUUAUAUAAUUUUGUAUAAUUUUUUAUCUUUUUUGUUUUUUUUGUUUUGUUUUUUAGUUAAAUGCCAGAUCAUAACCAGUGAGUAUGCGCUAAAUAUAGAGCAAUCAGCAGUAGAGUAGAGCACAGCAGAGAAAAAUGCAGAAAUCUGAUUUCCUGCAGUUAUAACAAGCUUUCAUCAAUCAUUUGAUAAGUAGGCUCACUUGCAGAAAAGUUGAUUUAUUGUAAAAAUAAAGUAUAUAUGGAUAUAUUAAAUAUCAACGUAGCUAUAUACUGUUUGUAAAACAUCCAUUUUGUAAUGGAGCGCCAACUUAUAUAUAAUGUACAUUUUGUAUAAAAGAACAGGGAGGUGGGAACUGCGGCAAUUCUCUAAAGGGGGAAUUUGGUGACUAUAUACUGUAUCUUUAUUUUGAUUUAACUUUCGUGCUUCAAACAGUCCUUUGCUUAUAAAAUGCAAUCCAGUGCCCUUCCAGUACUGCUUUUUAUUAAUUUUGUUAAUCAAAUAUUAUUACCUUGACUUAACUGAGGGUAAAAUGAAAUAAAGUUGUCUUUAUACUCUUUUACACACUUAGCCCACAUUUUAUGACAAAUAGAUAUAUAUUUUUCACAGAAGUUAUAUUCUCUUGUUCAUUGCAAUUUCUGAGACACUUUUCCAUUGUUUUUUCACAGUUUUCCAAAGUGGACUCUAUAAGUCAGUUACCAAUUUUAUGCUCUCAAAAAUAAUUUUGUUCUUUACAGAUGCAGUUUGUAAAUAAAGUGCCACAUGUAUUAGG